CUAAUUGAGCUAAUCAUAGAGGAUGUACCCAGUCGAGGGAAUUGGCUCGGUGCAGGCAGCAAUGGAAAGAACAAUGUAAACCGCGAGUCCUUCGUUACCUCUUCUCGGAUUGAAGCAAAAAAUGUUCUCAUCGUCAUUGUUCUCUCCACUGUGUCGGCUUUUCUCGCCGCUGUUCUGAUCAGCGCCAUCCUCUGUAUGGUGCGUCCUUUCCACAAGUCUCGCAGGCGACGCGGUGGAGACGUAGUCUUGAACGGAGGUAUCAAUGGUAUUGGCGGGAGUGGCACGAUGAAACUGUCACCCUUUGCAUUAGAGCCACACACAAGCCCUACUCUUCUCAUGCACCCGCGCAGCGGACCUCUUUCCUGCUCAGAUUCGGCCACUCUGGACGGGUGCUCUGCUGUUGGCGAAGGUACAUGGAUUGUGGGCACCACAGGAACUCUCAUUAGCGCAUACGAUGGCAACGAAAUAAAGAAUGAGACUUUUCGCUUACAGACUGAUGGCAUGGUACGUCUCGUUUGA